CGAGACGGCGGCCGACCUUUAUAAGGGGCGCGGGAGAGCCACCGCUUCACUCGUCGUUCGUGGAAAGAAUCGUCGCUUGGUUGUAGCCACGAGCUUUUUGUUGUUUGUCGUCUACGCCCUUCUUAACCCUGGUGAAAAUGCGUGAAUGUAUAAGUGUUCAUAUCGGUCAAGCCGGAGUCCAGAUUGGUAAUGCCUGUUGGGAACUUUACUGCCUGGAACAUGGCAUUCAACCGGACGGACAGAUGCCCAGUGAUAAAACUAUGGGCGGUGGAGACGAUUCCUUUAAUACGUUUUUUAGCGAAACCGGAGCCGGAAAACACGUUCCCAGAGCCGUUUUUGUCGACUUGGAACCUACGGUUGUCGACGAGGUGAGAACGGGAACCUAUCGUCAACUUUAUCAUCCGGAACAACUGAUUACCGGAAAAGAGGAUGCCGCGAAUAACUACGCCAGAGGACAUUACACUAUCGGAAAGGAAAUUGUGGAUCUCGUGUUGGAUCGCAUUCGUAAAUUAGCCGACCAAUGCACGGGAUUGCAAGGUUUCUUAAUUUUCCACAGCUUCGGAGGAGGCACCGGUUCCGGUUUCACCUCCUUAUUGAUGGAAAGGCUAUCUGUGGAUUACGGAAAGAAGUCUAAGCUAGAAUUUUCUAUUUACCCCGCACCUCAGGUAUCCACUGCGGUAGUUGAACCGUAUAACUCCAUCUUAACGACUCACACUACGUUAGAACAUUCUGACUGUGCCUUCAUGGUUGAUAACGAAGCAAUUUACGAUAUAUGUCGACGCAACUUGGACAUAGAAAGACCUUCGUACACUAAUCUGAACAGACUUAUUAGUCAGAUAGUGUCUUCCAUAACCGCGUCUCUCCGUUUUGAUGGGGCGUUGAACGUUGAUUUGACAGAGUUCCAGACUAAUUUAGUACCGUAUCCCAGAAUCCACUUUCCUUUAGUUACCUACGCUCCCGUUAUCUCUGCCGAAAAGGCCUACCACGAACAAUUGACGGUUGCAGAAAUUACCAAUGCUUGUUUCGAGCCCGCAAAUCAAAUGGUUAAAUGUGAUCCUCGCCACGGCAAAUACAUGGCGUGUUGUAUGCUUUACAGAGGAGACGUUGUUCCUAAGGAUGUAAAUGCAGCCAUUGCUGCCAUUAAAACCAAAAGAUCAAUCCAGUUUGUAGACUGGUGCCCUACGGGUUUCAAGGUUGGAAUAAAUUAUCAGCCUCCAACCACUGUUCCUGGAGGUGACUUGGCAAAAGUUCCUAGAGCUGUUUGCAUGCUCUCCAACACUACUGCUAUUGCAGAAGCUUGGGCUAGAUUGGACCACAAAUUUGAUCUCAUGUAUGCCAAGCGUGCCUUUGUUCAUUGGUACGUGGGAGAAGGUAUGGAAGAAGGCGAAUUUUCGGAAGCCAGAGAAGAUCUGGCUGCUCUGGAGAAAGAUUACGAAGAAGUGGGAAUGGAUUCUCUGGAAGGAGGUGAAGAAGAGGGGGAGGAAUACUAAAUGCAUUUCGAAAUAUAAUUUGCUAGAAUGGCAAAUUUCCAUGCUUUUGUAUUUCGAUUAAAGUAUUAAAACUCGCAACUGUUUUUUGCAAAUUGA